UUAAUAGUUUAUCAAGUUGUCAUCAAGGUUUUGUAAAAUUGCAAUAUGUCGAAACGUGUAAGCAUUGCGACGCCAGAAGAGAUGGGAGAGGAGCAGAGAGCAACCAUAUCAUCAAAGAGUCCAACUGCAUCGCCGCCAAAGAGUCCCCGGAUGAGUUCUGCAUCCCCGCCGGAAAGUCAAGCAAAAGCCGCAGAUGAAACGAAAGCGACAAGUGACAGCGCAUUGGUGAAAUCCAACACGGAGGAGGAGGUGGAACCUUUCUCGGAUGAUUGUGAGCGUUAUCAAAAGGAUUGUUGCUGUUGUCACUGUGUGGCUGUGCGGUGUGCAUUGAAGAGAGCUGCCUUUCUGAGAACCCCCGAGGGCAAGCGGCGACUCGAGAUGAAGAUGCACAUGAAGAGCUUCUUCAUGGACAUCAAUGCGUUGACAUAUGCGCGUCGAAGGAUUGACAAUCAGUUGGAUGACAGCCAGGAUUCGAUGCCUUCCUCGCGGGAUGGUUAUCCGGCUAGCAUUACAAAAGUGAAACGCAUUGAUUCGAGGUGUCUAUCUGUCGACUGGUUUAUCCAUGACGUGGACUACGUGGAUCAUUAUGAGAUUUUUGUGGACAAUAGAAGGCACAAAAGCGUUUUCAAUCCCCACUUGACCUGCACCAUUUUACUGGACGUGAAUGCGAAAACUUCGCACAAGAUUCUCAUGAAGGCACUGCCCAGAAAGGGUUCUGGCUCCAAUCCCAAUCCCAUUGAUCAGUUGGUCUGCGACGUUUGCUGCGGUCGCAUGGACAGAGUCCUAAAGGGCGACUAUUUCUGCCAAUGUGACAAGCAAACGGAAAUGGGAAGAAUCAAGAAAAAAUACGAGAAAAACAAUUGCCAGACUCUCGUCGACUUUUGGAAACCAAGUGAAUUUUUCUACACUCCAGUCUGCUCUUGUCCUGGGAACUGUGACUGCGAUUGCUUUGCAUCUUAAUUAAAGUUGUUCUUAAAUGCACCGAAUGUAUUUUAAAAAACAAAUUAAAUUUUCCAAUUCCUAAUUUUAAAUUAAA